AUUGCUAAACGAUUUUGAACUUUACAGGAUGAAUAUUGCGUUUGAUUCGUUUUACCGAAUUUAUUUCGCGAAAGCCGUAUUUACGAUAUCACGACUUUGAAUAUUAUGUAAUAAACAAAUUACGAAUUUAUGAUUCAAAAUAUUAAUCUGAAUUAGCAUUUUUUAUGAGUUUUAUGACUAAAAAUUAAAUACGACUUGAUGAUUCAAUUUCUCGCGCCAUUUUUUCAUAUGUGUGGCGCGGGCUUGGCGCCAGCGUAUUUCCGUCAUAGAAGUAGCAUCCUAUAGAAGUGGUGUGCGCGUGCCUCCAUGAGAGACAAAACAUACGCAAUGCGACAAUAUUAAAAACACGUUUUAACAUUCCUGACAAUAUACCAAAAACAAUCUACGUAAUUCGGUCAUUUGGCCACUUCCCCGUGUCUUCUCUAUGUUAUUAUACCUCUAUGAUUCCCGUAGUUCGUUCGUUUUCGCAAGAUGGCGGAACAAGUUCAAGAACUGAAGAAAGUUUUAACGAGUGUUUUGUUAUUUGAUUGUUGUGCAGUGUUUUGUUAAUAAAAGUGAAAAUAACAAAGGUGAGUACAUUGUGAUUGUGUGAAAUUUUGAGGAAGUGAAUUAAUCGAGAACGUGACAGGUAAAAACCUAUGCGGUAUAGGAUCCACUUUGAAUCAUCGAUUUUAAUUAUCGAUCUAUAUAAUUUCGUUUUAUGUGAAUUAAACAAAGCCUGUACAAGGAUUAUUAGGCAUCCUGUGUGAUUGUGAGCGAAUACACUAUUAUAACAAAGAAAUAGUCACGCAAUUACUUCGUUACAAGAAGUAACGCCAUUACGACGCGUAAAUAAAUAAAAACGUGAGUGCUUACCCACGGGAUCAUAGAUACAGUGAUAAUUUACGUAAUAAUUAGAUAUUUAAGUGAUCUUACUUGAAAGAAAUAUGACUUAUUUCUAUGCGACUUGACACGUUACUAUUAUUACUAUUUAAAAAAUGCGUAAGCACUAAUUCGUAUACUUGAGAGGAAUUAGGUACUUAUAUCGUUGGGUCAGAGGCUAUAUAUACUCAGAAUAAUUGUUUGUUGCACUUGAGUACGAAACCCAACUAAUAUAUUGUUAUGAAAUAGGAAUUUCAAGAAAUACAGCGUAGUCGGCGUACGAACUGACAAUUUUCGAGUCGAGCGUGAAACCAAGGCGUCUCUACGCCAAGCUACUUCUCUGCAUGAGGAGGAGGAUAAAUAUUCUUAGACCAAAGUCACAAGAGUGAGAGUGAGAACACUAUGGAAGUUAUCCUGCUGAAUCGCCUGUCCACAUUUGCCACAAACAUCAAAGAGCAUCAAGUAAAAGCAUCAGAGCUAUGUGCGUGUCGUCCAUGGGGAAAAGAUCAGCUAGAGCAAGCUGCUAUUAUCGCCUCCAAACUACAAUCUAUACUGGGAAGAUUCCAAAGUGAUCUCUAUCAGUACUUCAACCUGUCCAAGGAUCCUAACGCCGAUGAGAUUUCAAAUGUAACUGCGAUACAGCUAGACGGUGAUGAAGUCUUAGCUGAACUUAAUGCAAGAAUUCAAGCCGAUAAGGAUACAAGACAAGUCAAAUCCGAUCCUACAAAAAAUAGGAGCAAGUUACCAGAGUUAGAUUUAAUAUCUUUUCAUGGUGACGUUCUAGAAUGGACUCAAUUCUGGGACCAAUUCAGUUCCAACAUUGAUCAAAGGAAUAUACGAGACGUUGAUAAGCUACUCUACCUUAAAGCAUCGUUAAAGGGUGAAGCCAAAACCAUAAUCGAUGGUUUAGAAACCACGAAUGACAAUUAUAAGAUUGCCAUAGAUACUCUGAGAGAGAGAUAUGGCAACAGAGUGCAGAUUGUUGAUGCCCACUAUUCUUCCUUAUAUAAGAUUAAGAAGGCCACAAAGCCAGAAGAUUGCAGAAAGACAUUAGAUGAACUCGAGAGACAUCUAAGAGUCUUACAGUCCCUAGGAGAGGAUACAAAUCAAAACCAUUUAAGAUUUCUUUUCAUGGAAAAGUUUCCGGAAGACAUCAUUUAUGAAAUGAAGCUAAAAUUGAAGAUUGAAUCCAUUGAGGAAAUAAGAAAACAACUAACCGCUAUCAUAUCAGCAAAAGAAGAUGCCAAGAGGAUAAGCGUUGAGACUAAAGAUAUGGAAACAACCUUUACUACUGAAACUUUACACAUUAGAGAUAAAUUUGUGAAGAAAUCCAACGAUAGGAGAAUCAAACACAGAGUUAUAAAUAUGAGGGAAAAACCAAAUAAAUUUAGAAAAAAUACAUCAACAUUUUCAAAUACAUUCACGCCUAAGAAAAGAACAUAUAAAGCUAAUAGUGAAUCGAAUAAUGCGCAGGCAUCUGAAAAACGAAGGAAAUUAGAAUGUAUAUUUUGUCAAGAGAAUCAUUACAAUGACGCUUGCACGAAAUUUAAGACCUUGGCUGAAAGGAAAGAUAAAAUACCUAACCGUUGUUACAUCUGUUUGAAAAUUGGCCAUAGACAAAAUGAAUGUAGAAUAACACACAUCUGUUAUCACUGUGGUGAAAGGAAUCAGCAUAAUAGAGCAUUGUGCCCUAAGAAAUUGCUCCAGGCAACAGAGACAUCAUCGUCACAAGAUUCCUGUGCCUGAAAGAUAUAUCUAAAUUAGCUAUAGAAGAGAAUCUUGUACAUUACAGAUUUAUACGUGUACCCUUUGCAAUCAUAUCUACCUACUUAUAAUGCUACCAUCAAACAUCACUUAUUCAGUACCAAUGAUGAACGUUUAAAGAAUCUAGUCAGCGACAUCUAUGUACAUAAUAUCUGACAGGAUCAAACGGAGUCAAA